AGAGAGAGAGAGAGAGAGGCAAAUGAUUCCCAUCAAAUUAAUACUCUCUUCGCUGGACCAAACAAAACCUCCAUUACUGGACCUCGAUCGCAUGCAGGCACGAGGCACCUCCUGCAUUUUUCAUUUGAUCUAAGAACUAAUGAGCUUCCGGUCUCUCAUUUUCUCCAUGGCGUUCUCCUCCGUCGGAUUGGCUGGCUGUGGAAGAUGGACAAAGGAUUUAGUCCAAUUCAACGCUUCUUUAUGAUUCAAGAAUUUUGGUAGCAUUCUACAGAAGCAAUAUCAAACAGGCCAUGGCAUGCACCUCAUUUACUCUUCCAACAUCUCCGCGGGUUGCUCCGAUGACAGAGGACAUCUUCAAAGAGCACGUCGGUCUGCACCGCUCGCAUUCCAGAAAGGAGCUUCACAAUGGAGGCCGUUUCCGGAGGUCCUACUCUGAUAACAACCUCGUUUAUCCCAUCAACCGUAUCCAAGCCACUGCCACACAGCCAAAGCUAAGGAUCAGUCGUUCUGUGGGAAUUUUCCCAUUCCAAUUCUCUAGCUCCAUUCUCCCAAACUUGUUUGACCCUGAGGCAAGUAAGGACAUGAAUAUAGUGGAGAAGGAUAUGAAUAUAGAGGAGAGAUCGGUGGUGGACGGUAGUAAAGAAGAGGAGAUAAAGAGAUCGAAUUGGGUGGAGAGGCUGCUCGAAAUAAGAAGUCAUUGGAGAAACAGGCAGCAGAAAGAGAGAGUGGGUGAAGACGUGGGUUGUGAAGAGGAUGGCACUGGCGAUCGUGACUGCGGUGGAGAUGAAAGUGGUUGUGCAGUCUGUUAUGGUUCAGACGAAGGAGGAGGAGUGGUAUAUGAUCGCGAAACGUUCUCGAGACUUUUGGUUCGAGUAGCAUGGUCUGAUACCAAGCUAUUUUCUCAAUUGGCAUUCUUGUGCAACAUGGCUUAUGUGAUACCAGCAAUCAAGGCCAAGGAUUUGAGAAAGUAUUUCGGCCUACAGUUGGUGACAUCUUCACUGGAGAAGAAAGCAGAGGCAGCAGCGAUUAAAGCAAGACUUGAUGAGGAUUCUAUUCGAGUACCCGAAUAUGCCUCAGCAGCUGAUGAAUCCAGUUCAGAGAAAGCUUUGGAAUCUGAGAAGAAGCGUCCAAUCCACGCAUCUCUUGCUUAUGAGAUUGCUGCCUCAGCUGCUUCUUAUGUCCGAUCCCGGACCAAGGGUCUUUUGUUCCUUGGCUCUGAACCACAAGAAGAGGGUGAUGGUGAGGCUUCAUGCGAAAACGGAGGUCAACUGCACGAGGGAGAGAACUCGCCCCGAUUGUAUAAUCAAGAGGUGGCUGCUUACAUGGCAGCUUCAACAAUGACUGCAGUGGUUGCUGCUGGAGAGAGGGAAAAGCAGGAGGCAGCAAGGGCCCUUCAGUCACUCCAUUCAUCACCUUGUGAAUGGUUUGUUUGCGAUGAUUUGAGCACGUGUACUCGCUGCUUCGUGAUUCAGGGAUCAGACUCCUUCGCGUCUUGGCAAGCAAACCUUUUCUUUGAACCUACCAAAUUUGAGGCCACAGAUGUGCUUGUUCAUAGAGGAAUUUACGAAGCUGCAAAGGGAAUAUAUGAGCAAUUCAUGCCAGAAAUAAUCGACCAUUUGAACACAUACGGAGAUCGUGCAAAACUUCAAUUUACUGGCCACUCUCUUGGGGGUAGUCUCUCCCUUUUAGUCAACUUGAUGCUACUCACCAGGAAAGUCGUCAAGCCCUCCACUCUCCGGCCGGUUGUCACUUUUGGCUCACCAUUUGUGUUCUGUCGGGGCGAAGCCAUACUUGAUGAGUUGGGUUUGGAUGAGAGCCACGUUCACUGUGUGAUGAUGCAUAGAGAUAUCGUCCCUAGAGCCUUCUCCUGCAACUACCCUGACCAUGUUGCCGUACUCCUCAAGCGUUUAAAUGGCGCCCUUAGUACACAUCCUUGUUUAAUAAAAAAUAAACUAUUGUACUCUCCUUUGGGCAAACUAUUCAUUCUGCAACCUGAUGAGAAGACAUCUCCUCCGCAUCCUUUACUCCCUCCAGGGAGUGCUCUGUAUGCAUUGGACAAGACUCACAGCGGGUACUCUACAAAUGCCCUGAGAACCUUCCUCAACAGUCCCCACCCGCUAGAGACGCUGAGCGAUCCUACGGCCUACAGUUCCAGCGGUACGAUCCUCAGAGACCAUGACUCGAGCAACUAUCUUAAGGCUGUGAACGGUGUUUUACGGCAACGUACAAAGAUGGUUGUUCGGAGAGUACGAGAACGGCGGAAUCUACUGUGGCCGCUUCUGACUUCACCAUCUCCACACACAUGGAACCACGAGAGUAACUUGAACAACAGCAGUUUAGUGGCUAAGGAGAUAAUGACUGGAGUCUGAAACCUAUUCACAGGGAUUCCCCGCUUAUACACGUGAAGGAUGCGCAUUGACUCACUCAAUUCAAGAGUGUUUCAUGUUCUAAUCGUGUAUAUCUGUUUCAUGUACAUUUGCUAAACAUCUUACUCAUCUCUGUAAUUGGGUUACUCAUCGUUGACUAACAGUGUUAAUAAUAUGUUUAAUACUUCUAAUAGAAGAA